GAAUACCAUUACCGCAAAAACAAUGGCGACGAAAGAGAUGGAAGUCGUGAAGGGUUUAGACUUGCAGAAAUACAUGGGUCGGUGGUAUGAGAUUGCUUCUGUUCCUUCAAGAUUUCAACCCAAGGAUGGUGUCAAUACAAGGGUUACUUAUACUUUGAGAGAUGAUGGUACUGUUCAUGUCUUCAAUGAGACUUUUAGUGGUGGGAAGAAAGGGGGCAUUGAGGGAACUGCUUAUAAGGCUGACCCUUCAAGCGAUGAGGCCAAGCUGAAAGUUAAAUUCUAUGUUCCUCCUUUCUUACCUAUCAUUCCUGUAGUUGGAGAUUAUUGGGUUCUUUAUAUUGAUGAUGAUUAUCAAUAUGCUUUGAUUGGGCAGCCUAGCAGGAACUAUCUUUGGAUCUUGUGUAGGCAAACCCAAAUGGAUGAAGGUAUAGAUAUACAAUCAGCUAGUUAAGAAGGCAGAGGAUGUGGGCUAUGAUGUGAAGAAACUGCA